AUGCGGACCGCCACCGGAAAGGGAAACAACGCGAGGAAGGUGUUAUCCUACUACAGCGUCAACUUUGCGAUUUCCGCGCCGUAUCAAGUUCUUUGCGAUGGCCCGACCAUUUUUCAGUCUAUGCGAAAGGACAUUUUUUUGAAACAUGCCUUACCAACACUUUUGGGCGGAACGGCAUACCCAGUCGUCACCGACUGCAUUGUGAAAGAGCUUCGAGCCUUGGGGGAGGACUUUUCUAACGCUUCUAUUUUCGCAAAACGUGCCACUCGCGUGCCUUGCGCUCAUCAGGACGAUGUCAGUGCAAGUGAAUGUAUCAUGGCUCGACUACGCGUACCAUUAGAAAAGAAACUGUUCUGUGCAACAAAUGAUACUGAGCUGCUUGCAAAAAUUAGUAGAACACCGGGCAUUCCAACUAUCACUAUUGUCAACGAAACAAAGCUGGCCCUCAGGAGUCCGUCAAGAGCCACGCUGUACCACGUCCAGAAACAAGAAAAUGCUAAAACUUCGUGUUUGGGCACCUCCGACAAGGCUUUCCUGAAGAAGUUUGAAACCGAAACAGCCUCAAAAGAUCACGCACCUAACCCAGCUAAAAAGCGAAAGCGAGCAAAGGGUCCAAAUCCACUGAGCAUGAAGAAAGCGAAAAAAGCCGGCGUACAACCUUGUUCAAAACAGAGUCAAAGUACGCAAGAAUUUCACAAUAAAGGAAAUCAGUCGGAGUCAUCUCUUCCGAGGGGCGAUAAAACAACCAAGGUAUCAGAGGCCAGUAUUCCACAGGGGAACUCGAGUGACGAGAAAACGAAGAGUGAAGUUGGGCUUCACGACGAAAACACCGUGGCUGGUGUAAGGCAAGAAAGCAAGAAGAAGCGAAAAAGGAGGAAACCGAAGCGCUCAGGCACCACGGCGUUCAUAGCCUCUCCGACCACUACGGAGGCAGAGCAAACGGACGGUCCUGUUGGAUUGGGGGGGAAUGUCGUAGUUGAUGCCUUGCCAAAGUCCAAAAGAGCUGGCGAAGGGCCACCGGAAUUGUCGGACAUGAACGAGAUAGCGCAGGGAGAGACACAGAAACCGAAGAAGACUUCUGCCACCGCGAAUACCAGACGCAUAGGUCUCAAGGUCAAAAGCAAGGUAACGGAUACUCCAAUAUCCAAGGCACCAGUCUCUGGGACGAAGCCAAUCGAGGAUGACAACGAAGAAGGCCGGCCUACCUCCAUGACUCUCGUGAUUGCCGGUCAGCAACAGACACGAGUCUUAAGUAAUCCCCUGAAUGGCACCCAGUUACUCUCCUCUAUGCAAGGGCUAGAAGGAAGCCUACGUCAUGGUCCAGUUGUGGGUACACCUCCACAAGCACUUCCACCCCCGGCGAAAAAGAAGCAGAGAAAAAACAGAAGACGAAGGCCGAAGAAAAACGAAGAAAGUCCGGAAACGAACCAGCGGUCUAUUGCCCCCCAGGUAUCGACUGAAUAGUAGUUUACUUCUGUGAUGAACGCACUUAAGCUACAUUUCAUAGUAACUGGCUGUUACUGAAACAAUCGCGCCCCUCCUUCAUGUAAGAGUGACUUUCACGCUUGUAGCUGACUCCAUGUUGUUCUUUCCAAUUUCAAACGUGGGAGUACGCUCCCCAGUUACAAGCGUUGGGCACGGCAUUUGUCCCUGACAAAUUUGUGACGUUCGCAUCUAUACCCGCUUUACAGGUGUGUUCUACAUCUGCCAAGGAGCCUCAAACUAAAGUUCUCCAAGGCUUAUUAGGAA